AUGUCGUCAACGGAGGAGACUCCUGCAAAGGAGAUUCCCACAAAGGAGACUCCCACGAAGGAGACUUCCACGAACGAAACACCCACAAAUGAAACACCUACGAAUGAGGCACCCGCGCAGGAAACGGUCGCAGAAGACUCGCUGGCGCAAGCACAGGUCGAUGGUAGUGGACCGCCAGGAAACGGCUCCGAUCUCGCAGACACCGAGUUCAAUGUCGAGGUCAAGCUCGCCGACUUGCAGGCAGACCCCAACAACCCUCUAUUCUCCGCCAAGUCAUUUGAGGAGCUCCAACUCUCCGAUGAACUUAUCAAGGGAAUCCGUCACAUGAACUUUCGCAAGCCGUCCAAGAUCCAGGAGAAGGCCCUGCCUCUACUUCUGAUAGAUCCGCCCACCAACAUGAUUGCUCAGUCACAGUCGGGAACCGGCAAGACUGCAGCCUUCUCCCUCAACAUGCUCUCCCGCGUCGACCUUUCAAAUCCAGAGCCUCAAGCACUGGCACUCGCACCGAGCCGAGAGCUCGCCCGACAGAUCUUAGGUGUCAUUACACAUAUGGGCCAAUUCAUGGACGGCCUGAAGACAAUGGCUGCAAUCCCAGAUCCAUCCAGGAGGGGACAACAAUUCAAUGCCCAAAUUCUCGUCGGCACACCGGGAACAGUUCAAGAUAUGCUUAAGCGGCGUUUGAUCAACCCAAAGCACAUCAAGAUUCUCGUGUUAGACGAGGCGGAUAAUAUGCUGGACCAACAGGGCCUAGGCGACCAGUGCACUCGUGUCAAAUCCCUCCUUAACAGGGACGUUCAGACCGUGCUCUUCUCGGCCACGUUCCCCCCCAACGUCAUUGCCUAUGCCAACAAGUUCGCACCGAAGGCGAACGUGCUGACUCUGGCGCACGAGGAGCUGACCAUCGAGGGAAUCAAGCAACUGUACAUCGACAUCGACAAGGACAACGACAAAUACGCAACGCUGCUCAAGUUCUACGGGCUCAUGACACAAGCAUCAUCGAUCAUCUUCGUCAGGACGCGUAGAACCGCUGAGGAGCUCGAGCGUCGCAUGAUCGCGGAAGGUCACAAAGUCGCGCAGCUUAGCGGUGCGCUGGAAGGCCCUGAGCGUGACCGAAUCAUCGACCAGUUCCGCUCGGGAGAAGCCAAGGUACUCAUUACGACAAAUGUUCUUGCCCGUGGUAUCGAUGUGCAGUCAGUGACCAUGGUCAUCAACUACGAUGUCCCAACUAUGGCAGACGGUCGCCAGGCAGACCCCGAGACCUACCUCCACCGCAUUGGUCGUACUGGUCGCUUCGGCCGCGUCGGUGUCGCCCUCACCUUUGUCCACGACAAGCAGAGCUGGCAGCAGUUGCACGACAUUGCAAAUUACUUUAAGACAGACCUCCACCCCAUCGACACAAGCGACUGGGAUGCGGUCGAGGAUAUGAUUCAAAACAUCAUCAAGAGCUCGAGGGCGGGCAAGAGCACGCAGGAGAUGACACAGAUGAUUACAGGAGGAUCGUAA